AUGAAUCUUUCCUCUAGUAUAAUUCGAGCCUGUGCUCGCAAUACCUCUACAACAUUUGAACAACUUAACUUAUGUAUUCAACUUGACAAGAUCACCACCUAUAUCAUACAACAUCAGUUGUGGAGCACACGAUCCACUAUGAUAUCAGCUCUCCCUGUCUUUCCUAAUGAUAUCACCGAGCUAACGCCUGAACUUCUUUCAUUCAUGCUCUCUGCAUAUUCGAACUCGUCAAUACAAGUAAACUCCUUUAUGUUUGAACAGAUUGGUGUUGGAAAAGGUUGGAAUGGUUCUUUGUAUCGUCUUUACGAUAUCCAGUACUCGCCUGAUAGUAACGAUUGUUUGCCAUCAUCUCUGAUAUUAAAACUAUCAACUGGCGUUUGGGCAGGGCGUGUUGCUUCAAUCGAACCAGAAUUUUAUGCAAAACUUGGUCCACGAGUCUCUAAUAUCGACAUUCCUAAAUGUUACUACGUUGCUCGUCAUCCUAAUUCUCCAAAAGAAAGCUUACUGCUUCUUGAAGAUCUUUCUAUAGAAUAUGAUCCAUUAGGUUCAAAAGAGUCGCUAGCAGAUUCCACACUGUUUCUUCUAAUUGCCUCAAUCGCAUCUGUACAUGCUGAGUUUUUCAAUCAUCCAUUGUUACGACAAGAGAUGUUCGCAUGGUUGCCUUCAUUAAAUUCAACACUUACACACUAUUAUAGUCAGUAUGCAUUAAAGAUGGCCGAUAGAGAAUUCACACAGUUAUUAGAAUCAAGAGUGUCACAUGAAGCAUAUACUUAUGCCCAAGCACUUGUUACACAUAUUCCACAUCUUUUUCAAACACUUACCGAUGAACAUUACACUUUAUCGCAUGGUGACUUUUGGAUCAAUAAUAUCUUCCUACGACGUAAUCAAUUACAUCGAUUAGUACUAUUUGAUUGGCAGACUUGUUGUCGCGCCAAUGGAUUAAUCGAUAUCGUGUUUCUUCUACGCUUACUCGACAUUAAUCGAGCUCGUUCACUCGAGUUACUACUUCUUGAACUGUAUCAUCAAACUUUGGUAAAGUACGGGGUUUCGCACUACGAAGCAUCUGUCAUUCGUGAUGAUUAUUACUCGUUGGCACUCCCAUUUAUGUUCGUUAUUAUUUCAUCCUUGAAAUUCCUAAAGGAAAGUAAGCUCAACAAACUAAUAAUGAUGUUGGAAGAUAUUGUUACGUAUGGUAAGAAAACUGAACGAAUAACAUGCGAAUGUAAAUUAUUUAUAUAA